CUCUAUAGUAUAAAGGGGAAUUCUUCCUGCCUCUGCCUGUCACGAGAGCUCCUUUUUUUUACUGCCUUCUGGAAGAUCUCGAAUCUAUAUUCUGCAGAAACAUCUGUCUUUGGAAACUGUUUUUUCUAACCGGAACUGAAAACAAGAAAACAGGUGCAGGGUGGAGCCCGCGAGGUAUUUUCCUAAAGAGGUGUCAAUACCACAAACGCGGCACAGUUCUCCGUUUCACAAACAGGCUAGAUUCCGAGCUGCUCGGUCCAUCACUGGAUUCUGUCCUCCUAGCUUCUGAGACUUCCCUUCUCUGAGUCUCUGUGGAUGGGGGUGGCAUAGGAGGAGGAAGCUGCGGACUUAGAAGUGCAGGAGCUACGGAUCAGAAGGUGGCUCCGAGACAGGAGGGGAAUAUCUCGGUAACCUUCAGGAUCCUCUCUGCCGGAGGGGAAGAAACUGCCAGAGGAGCCGUAUGGGCGGUCAGAGUUCGCGACUCCUAGAUGAGCGACAGCGACGGUACCUGAGAGGCCGGACGGUUGCUCUGGCCAGGAACUUCAUGCCGUAUUACCGAAGGCACCUGGCUUCCGUCUUUCUGAGAAAGAUCUCCAGGGAGCUGGAUCCACAGGGCCAACCGGGCCCGCAGCUGAUGCAGAGAAAAAUCCAAGAGCCACCCAGGGCCCUUCUUCCCGAGGGAGUCCUGAUCCAUUAUCAUGGAGGGAGCAGCUCGAAAUGGAAGGAGAGCUACUUUGUUCUGCGGGAAGACUUCUCCCUUGAAUGGUUUGGUAGUAAAGAGGGCCAGGGAAAGGGUUGUGAGCCCAGGGGAUCCACUGCUCUAACUGGGUACACCCUGGUGACCUCAGGGAGAGACUAUAUCAGCUUGGUGGUGGACAGUGUCUGCCAGGGCCUGGGAGGAGAUCCUUCCCAGUGGGGCCCAGACCCCAUAACUGAGCCGCCCAUGCCAUUUUCCAUCUAUCUCUACCAUCCCUUCCGGCAGCACUUCUGCUUCUGCAUGGCCACGGCCGAAUCCCAGCACAGCUGGAAAUGUGCCCUAAGCGAGGGGAUAAGACAUCGCAGCACAGUUUUGCAGAGAAGGAAAUCUCUUGAUGUAGAGGCCUUCCUGGACGCCGUGCAGUUUUACAGGCAGGAGAAAGGCUGCUAUGGAGUCGAUGAUCUCCUCCUGGGGACGGAGCCAGAGAUUCUCACUAACCUGCUGAUGGAAGAUUUGCUGCCCGUGCUGCAGGAUCAGAACCUACCUCCUCUCCAGGGGUUGGCCAGCAGGUGGACGUUCCUGGAGGAGGUUUACACCCUGGUCCUGGCACAGAUCUCUGAUGAGCUCCAAGAUUUUCAGAAGGAAAAAGAGGAACUGCACAGAGAGUUGGAAAAGAAGAUUCGCCCCGAUGUGGGUGAGAUGUUGGCCCUGAGGAAUCACAUAGCUCAGCAGCUACAAAGGAUGGUGCGUGGCCCAGCUGAUGGGUGCUGCUGCCGGGAGGUGGAUCCCAUGCUGGGAGGGAUUGGGGAUAAAUUGCUGAGCCCCAUUAGCACCGGGAUGUGCAUGGUGCGCCUGAUUUUCACCAGGCGGAUAGACCAACUGCUCAGAAACUUGCAAAAUGUUCACUCUGUCAGAGUGUUGAAAGAGGAGAUUUGUUCACUAUCGGCGAUGCCCUGGGAUUCCGUGCUGAUGCGGCCAUGCUACAAGAAGGCAGAGCUCUACUGGAGCAGUCUGCAGGGCUUCAAGGAGAGAUUUGGCUUCUGCGGCACAACGAGCUUGGUCCUCGGGGCUCAGGAUCUCAUGCAGCAGCUGCUGGAAAAUUCAGUCUACACAUUCCAGCAGCUCUCAGAUCGGCAUCUGAAUUCAGCAAUCAACAGAAGCCAGGUCACUCAGGUCCUGGAGAAGGUGAAAGGUCGGGUGUUGAAGAAGUUUGACUCUGACAGCAGUUUUGCCCAGAAGCAGUUUGUUGAGGAAUGGGUGAUCCAAAUUUUUUCUCCCUUCCUGCUUAGGAGCCUGGAGACAAGCUGUAAAUUGGAACUACCGAAGUAUGAGAAGUACAUAUUUGCCGAUUACAGCAACGUUAUCAGUGUCAAGACCAUUUAUGAGGAUUUGGUUCUGGGUGUUCUGCAGCGAAGAGUCGGCAGAGGUCUGAAAGUGGCUUCGGGUUGGAACAGGCCAAUACUGUACGGGGACCUGGGGAAUGCGAACAGCCUGACCUGCGAGGCAGUUCCGUGGAGCCAGACUGAAACAGGAACUGGGGGCAUAACUCAGAUAAACAACCUCAAGGACCAAGAAAAGAAACGAAAGACUGCAGGAUUGCAAGACCAGUGUUCGUCUGCAGCGAGGAACCCCGGAACUGGACUUUCUCCCACGUGGCAGGAGUUCAAAGGAAACCAGCUCCAGAGCGAGAAGCAGCCAGAAGAAGAGAGUCCUCAUGUUGCAUCUCUUGGAGGCUACAGUUAUGAAGUGUCCCCUGAGCAGGCAGCCCUGGGAAAAGAAGGCAGAUCUAAGGAAGCAGCUGGUGAGGAUCUGCAGCAAGGUCGAGGGAGGGUUGAGGUGCCACAGAUGACGGAGGAGGAGCUUGAUGAGAUGGAAAGAACUGCCCUCUUGGAGCGCCUGACCAUAGCCAUGGAAAUGGAAAUCUUCCAGACAGAUCUGCUGGAAAUGGAUCUCCAUCAAGAAGCUGGGAUCCCAAACUGAGUCUCUGAAAACAAGAGCAAAGGGGCAGAUGAUAGACAAACAGACCUGGCGGCUUGACCCCAGUGACAUUGUAGUCGAGGCUAUAGAUCCAGGGCCAGCAGGUGAAGCGAUGAAAAUCAAGGGGAGAUCGUAUUGUAGGCUGGAGUCGUGUGUUUUGGAGCCAUCACUGCAAGUCUGUUGUGGUGGGGAUGGGGGCCACUUAGCCUAAAUGAAUGUGGUAAUCCCCCUUCCCCCUCAAUCUCUCUCUUUACCCCCCCCCCCCACCUAUUUGUUCUACUUCUUGGUGAUCUGGCAGGUCAAACUCUGAAAUAAUCCAGAGUGGAUCCUACUCCUCCAAGAAAGAAAAAAGCACUAAAAGACUAACUAGUAGGAAAGGCAUUGCUCUGACAGAGACAGCAGUACUUAAGUCAGGUAGAAAUAGAGGCAGACGUAGAAUCUCAAGGCCGACAUAACGUUGGGGAGAUUGACGGAGUAGCGGCAGCAAUGUGACAUGAAUACAAGAGCAUGAGAAAUACCAUUACUAGGCCAGAACACCGGUCACUGCUCUGUCUCCAACAACAGCAUUAGGAUGCAUCUAGCCUCAUGGUUCAGGACAGACCAUCUAACAACCUAACUUUCCCUGUAGAAACCCAACGUGGACUUCUCGUCCGUGAACUUAUCCAAACUGUUCUCCAACCUAUGGAUAUUUUUGUGGUAACACAUUCCAUUUACUUACCGUCUGCUGCGGCAAGGUGUUCACUUCUGUUUGUCUUAAAACUGCCAUUUCCAAGCGUU